AUGGAGGCUGAGAUAGAGCUGUUUGUCAACAGGCUUGACUCAGUGGAAUCUGUUCUUCCCUAUGAAUAUGCUGCGUUUGAUUUUUGCCAAAAUCCAGAAGAAAAACGUCCAUCUGAAAACCUUGGUCAAGUAUUGUUUGGAGAGAGGAUAGAACCAUCACCUUAUAAGUUCUUAUUUAAUAAAGAAGAGACCUGCAAGACAGUUUGUACAAGGACAUAUGACACACAAAAACCAGAUCAAAAACAAAAAUUAAACUUCUUGAAGAAAAGCAUGCUACUGAAUUACCAACAUCAUUGGAUUGUUGACAACAUGCCUGUAACAUGGUGCUAUGAUGUUGAAGAAGGUCAGAGGUUCUGCAAUCCUGGGUUUCCUAUUGGCUGUUAUAUUACAAAAGACGGCCAUCAAAAAGACGCCUGUGUCAUUAAUUCAGAAUUUCAUGAGAGAGAUACCUUUUAUAUUUUCAAUCAUGUCGACAUUAAAAUAUUCUACCAUGUUGUAGAAAAUGGAGCAACGGGAGCAAGACUAGUAGCUGCUAAGCUUGAACCAAAAAGCUACAAGCAUACAAAUCCAGAAAACCCUGACUGCUCGGGUGUGCCUAUGGAUAUAAAUAACCAGGCUAGUGGGGAGAUCAAAAUUGUUUAUACGUACUCUGUUACCUUUCAGGAAGAAAAAGACAUAAGAUGGGCGUCCAGAUGGGAUUAUAUUUUGGAAUCCAUGCCACAUACACAUAUUCAGUGGUUUAGCAUCAUGAAUUCCCUUGUGAUUGUCCUUUUCUUAUCUGGAAUGGUAGCUAUGAUCAUGUUGAGGACACUACAUAAAGACAUUGCAAGAUAUAAUCAGAUGGAUUCUACUGAAGAUGCCCAGGAGGAGUUUGGCUGGAAACUGGUUCAUGGUGACAUAUUCAGGCCUCCCAGAAAAGGAAUGCUGCUGUCUGUUUUUCUAGGAUCUGGCACACAGAUCUUAAUUAUGACAUUUGUUACUCUAUUUUUUGCUUGCCUCGGAUUUCUGUCUCCUGCUAACCGAGGAGCGCUUAUGACCUGUGCUGUAGUCCUGUGGGUGUUGCUUGGAACUCCAGCGGGUUAUGUUGCUGCCAGAUUCUACAAAUCGUUUGGUGGUGAGAAGUGGAAAACAAAUGUCCUGUUAACAUCAUUCCUUUGUCCUGGAAUUGUAUUUGCGGAUUUCUUCAUCAUGAACCUAAUUCUUUGGGGAGAAGGCUCUUCAGCAGCUAUUCCAUUUGGUACUUUGGUUGCUAUUUUGGCACUUUGGUUUUGCAUAUCUGUGCCAUUGACAUUUAUUGGCGCCUACUUUGGUUUUAAGAAAAAUGCCAUUGAACACCCAGUUCGCACUAAUCAAAUUCCUCGUCAGAUUCCUGAGCAGUCAUUCUACACAAAACCAUUACCUGGUAUUAUUAUGGGAGGUAUUUUGCCUUUUGGGUGCAUCUUUAUACAACUUUUCUUCAUUCUAAAUAGUAUCUGGUCUCAUCAGAUGUACUAUAUGUUUGGCUUCUUAUUUCUGGUGUUUAUUAUUUUGGUUAUUACAUGUUCUGAAGCCACAAUAUUGCUCUGCUAUUUUCAUCUGUGUGCAGAGGAUUAUCACUGGCAAUGGCGUUCAUUCCUUACUAGUGGCUUCACAGCAGUUUAUUUUCUUAUAUAUGCAAUCCACUAUUUCUUUUCUAAACUACAAAUCACAGGAACAGCAAGCACUAUUUUGUACUUUGGUUACACCAUGAUAAUGGUUUUGAUCUUCUUCCUCUUCACAGGGACAAUUGGAUUCUUUGCCUGCUUUUGGUUUGUGACCAAAAUAUACAGUGUGGUGAAAGUUGAUUGAAGAAACAUUGUAAAAAGUUAACACAGGAGAGAUUUAACUUUAAUCAACAUAAUUUAAAGACCUGUUCUGGUGAUGAACUUAAGCUUUAUCAGAAGUAUUAGCUUUCCUGUUCUUUGAGAAAUUAUACUGAAUGCCACAGGCUCUCCAAAACCAUUUUUUAAACUAAAGCAUUUGUUUGUGAUUUUAAUGAUCUCUUUUCAUUCAGAUCUUUGUGGAGAUCACAGUUAAAUAUUGUAUGCAUUUGUAAAUAUAACUACUGGAAUAAAAACUUUAAAUUUUAAUGACAGAUUAGAAGUGGCUGUAUUACACAACAUAAAGAUACUUCUGAAUAAAGUGUGAUUGUAAAUAAGAUUUUCUAGAUUGGUAGGUGGGAUGAAUUAUUUUUCUUUGAAGGGAAUAAGAACUUUUUAUGCUAAUUUGGAAAGGUGACUCAAGGUAUACUGCUUUUAGUUUGGAUGUGAUUUUUUUUAUUUUUUUAUUUUUUAUUUUAUUUUAUUUUUUUUUUGGCACUGUUAUGAUGUCCAUAAAUAUUCCAAUUUCUGUGACUUAGUUUGAGUGUUCUUGGCCUUUUAAACUAUGUGCCUCUAAGUCCUUGAAUUUAUACAUUCAUAAUCUUAAUAAAUAUUGUAAAAAUGUCUUCAGUGGAUCAUUACAUAUUAUAAAUAAGUUCAUAAUGUUCUGUAAAUACAAAUAUAUUGACAAGGGGUGUUUAAAAUUAUGUAGAGUAUUUUAUUGAGGUUUACUGUGUUUGUUAAUGUAUAUUGGCACUCCUUUUGAUCUGGGAGAAACUCAGUUGUCUGUGCUACAUGACUGUAAUGCUAAAAUGUGAUUGUGGUGCAUGAAAAUGAAAUCAUACACGUACUACCUAAGCACACUACAGCAUUAAUCCAGCCCUUAAUCCCAGACAUCUUUUUCUUUAAGACUGUUAUCAUAAAAGCAUUUAUAUGUUGAGAAGAUCUUAAUAGGUCAGCAUUCAUUGCUGACUUUGUUUUUAAUGGAUCUUAAUGAUACAUACUUUGUAACACAACCAUUGUUUGUUCUACAUAAUGUAGGUAAAAAUUAAAGACAGCCACUAUUUUGCCUUGUAUUAAAAGAAACUAAUAUCAGUUCCUGGUGACUGAAAUUUUAAUGUGGAAUAUUAUUUUAAUAGAAAUAAUUGAAUGUUUAUAUUUCAUUCAGUAAUUUAGGUCCGUAAUGUUGUUCAUCUGUUUGCAAGGGCUACGUUCCCCAUCAGUCUGAUUAAAGUUUUAUUAAACUUAUGCUGCAUG